AUGUUCAGAGCCUGUCAAUUCAUCAAGUAUAUUACUACCUCCGCGGGGCGACAAAUCAGGGUUGCGUUUGUUACGAAAACGGACGUUUGGGAAAGGGCCUUUCUUUCAAAGGAAGUCCAGAAUGAGUUUGCUGCAGUUGCUGAAAAGUACAAAGAUACUAUCAAGCCUGAGACCGUGACAUUGGCUAUGAAGGAGGCAGAACAUCCAAGCCAGAACGAUCCUGCGAAGCAUUUCACCGUAUUCGAGCUUGACAAGGACGAAAAGGUUGUUGCGUCCAAACACUAUUAUAAAUGA